GGGCUAACAAAACCCAGUCCAAGCAUUCAGUGUAAACGGCCUUUCCAUUAGGCUGCUCCUACGAUUGAGCCUCAGCCGGCUCCCUAACAGAAACAUACUAUACUUAUCAGGACAGGCGAAUUCAGCAACUCCACGGCCCGCUCAUGGAAGAACCUGAACACCCCACCGCCUCCAAAUCUCCACCAUCGUCACCGCCGCAACGCCGCCAAAUAUGCUCUCAUUGUGACCGGCCACUUCCAGUCUGCCUCUGCUACGCCCUCCCCGCCACCCCACUCCCAACCAAAACCAAAAUCCUCAUCAUCCGCCACCCUCACGAGUCCCGGCACAAGCUCAACACAACCCCACUCAUCUCCAAAACCCUCCUCAAUGCCACCACCGUCUCUUCCCGCCGCCUCCUCCCUCACCACCUCCCUAACCAAUCCCCACCCGCUAUCUACCUCUUCCCCCCUUCCCCUACCGCACCCGCCGUCACUCUAUCCCAACUCAAAUCCUCUAACCUCCUCAAUUACGAAACUACUCCUCUCCUCUUAAUUGUUUUCGAUGCCACGUGGAAACAUGCCAAGGAGAUGGUGAGUGCCAGUGAAGGGGUUUUGAAGGGUCUCGCUUUAAGGGUUUGUUUGGACGGAGUGGAUGAGAAUGUGACGGGUGGGAGUAUAUAUGAUAAUGAAUUGGUUUUAAGGAAAGAGCCCUUUGGUGGAUGUGUUAGUACUCUGGAAGCUGUUGCUAGGUGCUUGGGAGUCAUUGAGCCUAAUGGAGAUGAGGUUCAAGGAGUUUUGAUUGGGGUCUUGAGGGAGAUGGUGAGAUUGCAAGCUGGGUUUUUGAAGCCUCUGAAACCUAGGCCCAAGAUGCUGAAGAAGAGCAAGCAUAAAGAAGAGGACAGUGAUCAGCUUGGCUAAGGUUUUCUGAAGGCAAAAUGAAUGCUUACACUGAUGAAUGAGACUUUUUGGAGUCAUUAGGUUAGUAGAUCAGACUUCAACUUGUUUUGGCCUACAACUUGCUCUUGAGGUCGUAUCAAGGUACGGUUUGUUGGCACUACUGGUAUUUUGGUCUCAUGAAUAUUUAUUGAAAACCUUCAACUGACAGUGACAAUAAUGGGGGUUGGGGAACCAACAUGGCAUGCGACAAUAUCGCAUUGAAUGAGCAGCUUUUAUUACAUAUCUCUGAGGAAACGGUUGUGGGUGUCUGCGUUGUGUUCGAAUAGCUCUAUAGACUAUAGUUGCUAUGUUUUCCAUUCUCCCAACCAAGAAGAAACCCUCAAAUAAGCAAAGAAUAAUAACAAAGCUUUGGUUUGCUAUUAUUUGUACUUGAUAGGGUUCUUGACUUUUCUAAACUUGUUUCAACCUUUUUCUCUGUAUUAGGGAUAGAAAAUUGUCUUAUUAGGUUUGCUAGGUAGGAAGGAUUGAAAAUUUUAAAGAAGUAAAUAUUUUCAUUCAUUGGUUGAUAGAGUUGAAAAAUGAGAGGAAUUAAAAUGAAACUUUCGAAAUGUUUUGUUUUUA